GAAAAUUUUAUAUAUAUAGACGAAACGCAAAUCGAAAAGUACUACCACAUUAGGCACAAUUCCUAGAAACAUAUCUGAGAGUUUUGGCAGGAAGAUCAACUAAACGCUUAGAUGCUCGUACCUCGGACUCACAGCCACCACGCCUAUGGCAAGGCCAAAGAAACCACUUGCGUCGAUUCCAUUGAAGAAAAAGUGCGGUCUGCAUACGAAUCGCAAGCAUCGGGCAUCAUCAUCCAGCACGAGCACAAUCUUCUAGAGCUUCCACCUUGUAUAAAAAUGCUAAGAAGUCAACUUGAGCUACUUAUUAUAGAUAAUAACUACAAUUUAAGACAUCUUCCCGGUUUUAUUGGGGAUUUCUUGCGUUUACGAGUUCUAGAUGCGAGUUAUUGCAGCAUCCAACACGUUGAUCCACGUUUAGGUUUCUUGUGUAGACUCGAGCAGCUCAACCUAUCCAAUAACAAGCUUGAGUAUUUGUCCAUUGAGGCGUCACGACUCAAAUCGUUGAGAAAGUUAAAUGUCGAAAAUAACAACAUGAAAGUAUUGCCAGGGGGACUACUUUUUUUGAAGCAUCUGGAGGAGUUGACGUUGGAGAAUAAUCCUUUUUACGAUCCGGUAGAAAUCGAAGGUGCGGCUGACGUGACGCUUGCCCCUAGUUUAUCGAUUGUUGAGUGCAUGAACUGCAGCAUCCCAACGCGAAACUACCGCACUUUCAUCUCCUUUCAUCGCCUUUGUCAGCAUGUGGAGUUGCCCUUUGUCUUUUAUUUGUGCUCCGAUGCCUGCCAAACGCAGAUGCGCGAUCGGCUGGAUCGCUAUAACGUGGCGCAACGCGCACGGCGUGAGAAGCAAUAGACCGAUUAAAAAAAAAAUGGGAAGACAUGGGCCCAUUUCCCUUUGCUUUAUGUAUGUUAGAAACCACAAGCUAGAAUGUGUAUAUGUACUGUGAAACGAGCGGGUGGGGGCUUGAACACUCCUCGAUUUUUCACCGCAGGUUUGAUUUGUAUUAAUGAAAUUAGACUGCUAUACAAACUACUACAUUAUUUUAUUGAUCAGCUGAUCCUUUUUAUUUCUAUGUAUAGUAUGCCUAAUUUUAUUAUCAUUCUGUUCCAUGAUCAUUUAAUUUAGUGAGCAAAUAAAAUCAAUAUAAGCCAGAGACUUUCUGAAGAUCAGUUUCUCUUUGUUAAAUGAAUGUUGAUAAGUAGUUAACAUUAGUCUCAAAUGGCUGUGAAUAAUACCUUCACAUUUUUUUAUUAAUAUUGGGUCCCUGAAUUGUGAAAGGACACCUUUGCAUUACAAAAGGUGUACAGAAGAGGCCUAACACGAGGGCAACAAACUAAAAUCUGAAGUUCACAUUACUUCAAUAGUAA